AUGUCUCGCUAUGCUCAAGUUCACAUAAACCCCCAGGGUCCCGGGGACGCAAGACCCACAGCACUCCAGAUCGUCAAAGAUGAGGGCCUUCUCAACAAACUUACCGACAAGGUCGUCCUCAUCACAGGCGGCAAUCAAGGCAUCGGUCUGGAGACGGCCCGAGCUCUCCACGCAACCGGAGCAACGGUUUACAUCACUGCAAGAACUCCAGAGAAGAUCGAGCAGGGCAUUAAAGACAUUGUCUCAUGGCCGGAAGCAAAGUCUGAUGCACCUGUUCACGGAAUCGAACUGAGGCUGGACUCGUUCAAGUCUGUACGAGCCGCAGUGAAAGACUUCCUGGCGAAAGUUGGCAAGCUGAACAUUCUCAUCCUCAACGCCGGAGUCAUGGCUACCCCUGAGGGUAAAACUGAAGAUGGAUUCGAGACCCAAUUUGGGACAAACCAUCUUGGACACUUUCUUCUAUUCCAGCUUCUCAAACCAGCUCUUCUUGCAGCCACCACGCCUUCUUUCAAAUCUCGUGUUAUCUCCCUUGCGUCAAAAGGUCACCGCGCUGGUGGUAUACGCUGGGAUGACUACAACUUCGAGAAGGAUGCUUACAAUCCCUGGCUGGCAUAUGCUCAAUCCAAAACAGCGAACAUAUACUUCGCAUCCGAGCUUGACAGGCGAUAUGCAAACCAAGGCAUCCAUGGCUUGUCAGUGCAUCCUGGAUAUAUACUCACCAACUUGGGUAAGUAUAUUGACCUCAGCACGAUCGACUUGGAUGGACCUAUCAAGAAUGCUUUGAGGAACAAAGCUCAGGGCGCUGCCACGACUGUUUAUGCGGCAGUUAGUAAGGACUGGGAGGGACGUGGUGGGAAGUAUCUGGCUGAUUUUGUGGAGGAGAGACUGGUCAGACCGGGUGUAGAGCCAACGUCUCCUGAACUGGGACACGCUGUGUGGAUCUUUGAUGAGGAAGCAGAACGAAAGCUCUGGGAGCUAUCGGAGAGGCUUGUUGGAUUGCAUACUUCCAACGAGUAA